AUGGCUCAUGCUCACGGUAAAAGUAAUAAUGACUAUGCAAAUGCUACUGGUGCUAAUCAACAGAAGCUGGCAGCAACUUUCUAUGAUUUUCUUGACACAAAAGGUCGAAAUCCUUCACCGGCAGCUGGCGGUGGCGGCCGUACAUCGUCAGAGGUGUCUCCAUCGGCUUCCGCCUCCCUUGGUGCCUCUUCUUGUGGUGGCCGUGGGCCCAUGUCGACCACUUCCGAUCUUGGCUCCGAAAGACACGUUAGCAGUCAUUUGGACGGAAUACCAUUUCAUCAAUCAAGAGAGAAAUUUCCACAAGUGCGACCAAAAUCACUCGAGAGCUCACAUUUAAUGAAGCUACUGCGACAUGCAGGGGGAGAGCGACCUAGGCGGCCACAUGAUGAGGAAACUUCCUUUAUCACCCAUCAGAUGAGACCAAUUUCGGCCUCUCUUAUAUCUCAAUCUUCUAGUGGCGGUAACUCUAAAUGGGAUCGACAUAUUCCAAUGAAUCUUGGACCUUCAUUACAGUAUCAUCCACAUGCCUGUCAAGUUGUGCCAUUUGGGUACCAGACACCAUCAAAUAGGUUUAAAGAUACUAAUCCUGGUCCUUCUGCCAUAUCUCGAACAGCUGCUGAUGAAGGAUCUAGGACUGGAAUUAAAGGAUCUGGAAUUUUGAGUUCUAUCAAUGCAACUGGAGGUGUUUCUGAGAGAUAUCCUUCGGGAGUGCUCAUACGUACUGAUAAACAGAAGUCUGGUGUUUACAUUUCGGAGCCAGAAUCAUCUGCUACGCCCAGUCAACACAGAAUAGAAUCGGCCAGUUGUCAAAUGACUAUAUUUUAUGGCGGUCAAGCCCACGUUUUCGACAAAGUUCACCACAAUAAGGCAGAUAUUAUAAUGGCCUUAGCUAGAUCGAAUGGAGAAUCUUGGUCAACAACUUACGAGCCAAAAUCUGCAUCAGGACCUCCGACUGGAGAUAAUUGCAUACCUGGUGACGCAAGCAUUGCUACACCGAGGGAGGUACACGAGAGGACAUUAGACGGAGGGAAAUCCCACCAUGGUUUUGGCUCUGGCAGUCGUUCAGGGGGGUAUCGUAACUAA